UACACUCACUCGCGGGAUACUCGCGUCGCUCCGGAGCCAGCCUCUUCUUCAGCGCCGCCGCCACUAGAGACCUCAACGAAUCGGCCGCUUCGGGAGACUAUCUGCAGCGUCCAUGGGGUCCUACGGAAGGAGCUGCAGGUCCUCCAGCAGGAGCUGCAGGUCCUCCAUCACUAAGAACCUGCUGGCCUGGGCGCUGGUGAUACACGCAGGUGUAUUCAUGGGAGUGUCCUGCUCUCCCACAGUACACCCACAACCCUCGCCUGAAGUCACCCACAUCAACACACCCGCCAGUCACCCACCACAGCCAGACCAACAGCCAGAGCUACACACACCCAGCCAGAAAGAUGUGACUCCUGAAGGAGGCAUUCUCUUCAAUGUCUUCCCAGAAGAUCUCCAGAGGGAAGUGCCAGUCCCUCGACCUCAACCCAGUACCCUGGCAAAGGAGAAUCUUCCUGCCAAGGCCCUGGUCAAGCGCUCUACCGAUGUACCAGCUGGGUAUAUGAAUGAUAUCAGAUAUGACCCCAUGGCAACAUGGGCCAAGAGAAACAAUUACGAUCCUGGCUUCGAGUCCUAUAUGCAAGCCAUUGGAUACGACCCUGCCAUGGCCUGGGGUAAGAGGGAAACUAAGAGAGAUGGGUUCGACUCGUACAUGCAGAGCAUUGGCUACGACCCCAUGAUGGCCUGGGCUAAGAGGGACGACAGCUUCGACCCGUACUUACAGAGCCUUGAGUACGACCCCUUCGCCUCCUACAACAAGAAGACGGUCAAGAGGAGCAGUGACACCGCGGGAGCUUACUAUCGCCAAGCCAUUCCCAGUGGACCCAGGAAGAGUGAGGAGUACGCAGAAGCUUCUUACUACCCACAGCAAUACUUCGGUGAUGGCAUGAAGAAGCAUGACCCUUACCUGGAUGUGUACAUUCCCCAACACUUCAUGCACAGCUACAAGAGGUCCAUCAACCCCUACCUCCUCUCCCUGGCCUCCAACGACUGGAAGAGAGCGCCCAACGACAUGGGUGCUCAAGGCUUCCAUGAGGGAAUCUUCACUCACAACUUCGGGGAUUUCUCACCAGUGAAGCGCGGCAAGAGAGAAGCUGAGUCCUUGGAAGUGGAAGCACCAGACAAGAGGCGCCCAGAGAUGACCUCCAGCGGCUUUCAUGGCGACACUUUUUCCGGAGGCUUUGGCGAUUUCUCCACCAUGAAAAAGAGGCGACUGGGAAUGGGAGCAAGUGGAUUCUAUGGUGAUACCUUCAGUCAAGGAUUCGGCGAUUUCUCUACCAUGAAGAAGAGGCGACUAGGCAUGGGCGCGAGUGGUUUUCAUGGAGACACUUUCAGUCAAGGUUUUGGAGAUUUCUCCACCAUGAAAAGGAGAUUGGGGAUGGGAGCCAGUGGUUUUCAUGGAGACACCUUCAGUCAAGGCUUUGGAGACUUCUCCACCAUGAAGAAGAGAAGACUUGGCAUGGGAGCCAGCGGUUUCCAUGGAGACACCUUCAGCCAAGGCUUCGGCGACUUCUCCACCAUGAAGAAGAGAAGACUUGGCAUGGGAGCCAGCGGUUUCCAUGGAGACACCUUCAGCCAAGGCUUCGGCGACUUCUCCACCAUGAAGAAGAGAAGACUUGGCAUGGGAGCCAGCGGUUUCCAUGGAGACACCUUCAGCCAAGGCUUCGGCGACUUCUCCACCAUGAAAAAGAGGAGGCCAGAAAUGGACUCGAGUGGAUUUUACGGUGACACUUUCUCAGGAGGCUUCGGCGAGUUUAACACAAUGAAGAAGAAGGAUUCAGAGGAGGAUAAGACAGAAACGUCAGAAGAGGAGAAGGAGAAAGAGACAACGACGAGAAGAAAACGUGAAGCAGACACAGGCAUAGACGACCACGAAGCAGACAAGCGUCGCCCCGAGAUGGACUCCAGCGGCUUCUACGGCGACACCUUCAACGGCGGCUUCGGCGACUUCGACACGAUGAGGAAGCGUCUGGAGGAGAAUAAGAUGAAGAUUUUGCAGCAGCACCUUCAGGAGGAGGAAGAGGAGGAGGGACGCAGCAAGAGGAAUCUGGUGGAAAGCGAAAUGCUCGAAGUGGAAUUGAAGCCUCCAGUUGAGAGUGACCUGGACGACAGGAGACGACGAAGUGUGAAACAGGAGGAGGAGGAGGAGGAGGAAGAGGAGGAGGAUGUCCACGAAAUCCACAAGGACGACCACCGACCACUCUACAAGAGGUCCCUGGGCUGGGGAUCAUCCAGCGAUAUGUUCACAGAAGGACUGGGAGACUUCCACACCAUGAAGAAACGACGAUGAGGCUUAUCCUCUCCCUCUACUCCUUUUUUUCACCAAACUGCUGGUGUAAACCCUUCCAAUUCCCCAACCCUUCGUGAGCCUCCCAACGUCGCUCCAGUCCACUACCAAGUUUGGCCAAAUCACCAGAUUCUUGAUUUUCAUUCUGGCCAUUUGUAAUUCUAUCUUUACUAAUAUCUGCUACCGUGAUGGCUGGUUUCUUCUCUCAGUCUUGAGGUGGUAAUAACUGCUGCUAGUUACCCUCGUACCUCUCAAAGACAACAUUGGCAUCAUCAUACAGGCUGGUUCUUAUUGUAUACCCAACAUAUUAAACUCUAUACACACAUUUUAUUAAACUCUGUGUAUACAAAC